UUAGAAUUUUGACAGCGUUAGAAAUCUGAAAGACGAAAAUGGGGAAAAAUCAGUGGACAAAUCUGGUUAGAGUGAGGACAAUGGUGGCUAGGGCUUGGGUAGGAAGGCAGCCCCCGAAAAUACAGGCGGUGAUUGGAACUCUCGUUGCCACCGCUGUACUGAUUCUCCUUUGGAUCUGCGUCAACGAUCCUGGGCUUAUCUUCUUCGCAGCCGAGCUUUCUCAUGCCACAGGCAUCUCGCUUCUCAUCUAUAAGCUCAUUAAGUGCCGCACUUGUGCCGGACUUUCUCUGAAAUCUCAGGAGUUGACAGCUUUGUUUCUAGGAAUCAAAAUUUAUUGUAGUUACACGACUUUCGACAUACAUGCAAUACUUGACAUGACCACAUUGAUAACAACUUUGUGGGUUGUCUAUAUGAUACGUGUUAUCUUGAAGUCUAGUUACAUGGAGGAUGAGGAUAGCUUUUCAGUGCAAUAUCUGGUGGUAGCAUGCGGUCUUAUGGCACUUGUUGUCCAUCCAGCCUCAUCAUCUGAAGCGCUGAUUAAUCGCCUCAUCUUGGCUUUUGGCUGCAAUUUAGAAACAGUUGCAAUUAUGCCACAACUUCGCUUGAUGCAGAACGCCAAGGUUGUUGAGUCAUUGACAGCCCACUAUGUUUUUGCCCUGGGGCUUGCUCGUUUUUUAAGCUGUGCACAGUGGAUACUUCAGGUUGUCCACAGCCGUGGAACCAUAUUGCUUGCACUUGGAUAUGGACUCUGGCCUGGAAUGGUCCUCCUUUUAGAGAUUGUUCAGACUUCAAUCUUGUUCGACUUCUGUUAUUAUUAUAUUAAAAGUGUUAUCGAAGGUCACUCUGUGCUGAGACUUCCUUCAGAUACAGUUUGAUUAAAAAGUGAAGAUCUUCGCUUUGGAAAAAAAUGCGGAAGUAGCAAUCUAUUUUCACACAUAUAAAUAUAAUGCUAUACUAUAUAACUUUAUAUUCCGUCUACUUCUAAAUGUACUUGCAUGUUAUUGUUGCUGGUUCAGUAAAUUUCACCUUUUUUUUUUUUUAAGGAACUCUGAAGAAGUUUUUUUUUUUUUUUUUUUUUUUUUUUUUUUUUUACUUUGAGUUUAGAAUUUGCUGAAUUCGAAAUAAAGAAUGACUCAUUUUCUGCUAUGAACUAGCUUUAUGUUGAUGUUUUUUUUAUGUUUCUUUAAAAGAAAUAGAACAAAUUUUUAAAUUAAUGUA